AUGGAUCCAGCGCAUGCUGAAUUAGAUGUCCCUGCUGGAGGUAAUAGUAAAGUUGUCGAUGAUGAGGACAAAAAUUGGCACAAACGACUCCGUCUCAGGAAAGCUGCCGAUCAGCCCCCAACUAUGCAAAGUGAAGAUAAGCAUUGGCCAAAGAAGAUAGAGGACAAGGAGAAAAGCACAGAGCAGAGGUAUUUGAAGAAGACACCCCUUAAAGCACAAAAGAGUCAACAUGUGACAAAGGUUUAUGGAAAUAUACUCAGGUUUAGAUGUUUUGAAUGCAAAGGCAGCACAGAAUUCAGCCCUAAUGACUUACUGAGGCACUUUCAGGAAACUCACCCAGGAAGCCAACCAAUCUUUCCUUGUGACAUUUGCAGUUUUAUUACACAGGAAUUCUCCCGCCUUCAAGUUCACCAAUUAGGCCACAGAGACACUUUUGUCAGCUGCAACAUAUGCAAUGACAAUGUCCAGCGCACUCUCUUGCAGCUCACCACACAUUUAAACAUGCACCACAGCUUGAAUGGCCACUACUCUUGCGAGAAGUGCAAGUUCUCCACAAGAGAUGUAGGAGCAUUUUUGGAGCACAUGUAUCUACAUAACAUGAUGCCGCAAGCAGGUGGCAUGGCUGAUAAUUCAAAUCCUGCUGACCCGGAUUUGCAGAGACAUCUCAUGGCCAAAACAGCACAAUUCCCCUUCAGUUGUCAGUUCUGUGACUAUAAAGCGCUUCGAAAAGAUAUCAUCAGAAAGCACAUGGCCACCAUCCAUAGUAAAGAGACUAGCCAAAAAAACAAGCUGAAAAUGAAAGAGUUUGGUCCUAAAACAGUAGAUAACUCAUCCCCAAGACUGAAGCACACAGUGACAAGGAGUACAGUGAGGGAAAAUAACUGGAUGUCACAAGGCUGUCUUUCUCUGUCGGGGGAAGGAUUCCUGGAUAAAUAUUGCAGAUUGUCAAAUCCAGAGAGGGCUUUGGAGGAGACCCAGCAAUUUUUAGAGAAGUCUGUUGCUGCUGAAGCUCUUAAGACUGUACUUUCAAAUGUACCCAAAGCCAUGACUUCCUUUUCAAACUCUGACAACUGCAUGAUAUCCAACCCUGGAUUCCCAAACACAGGCAAGGACCUCACUGUCCUCAUGCUCAAAAACAAGAUUUCAGUUCCUCCGAAUGGCACUACUGAAGCAAUUGGUUUAAAAAUGGUGGAAGGCAAAAAACAUUUGGUUCUCAAGGUUACACCAUCAACAAAGCAAGAGACCACUGACACAACAAAGACGUCAUUGUGUGUCACUGAGCAGGAAUCAGAGAAGAUUGCUUCUCAAACUAGUGCUGGGGACUCUAAUGCAAAUGGAUGCGAAUCAAAUUCAAUUAUCCCUCCAAAGACCAAGCCACCCAGUUGGCCAGGAUCAUUCUUGACACAAAAUGAUGUUGCCACUAUUUCAACCCUAAAUGAGUUAGUAAAAUAUGAUCAAAUUCAAGAAAAUAGAGAGAACCAGGAAACAAGGGUUGGCCAAGUGCACAGAAACAAUGCAGAACCCAAAGAUGUGAAUCACUGUGAAGAUACGGCAGAUGAAAUCAAAAUGUCAAAGUUGCCAAAGGAGAAAAGUAAAAAGGAGCAAAAAUCCUUUCCUGAAGCUCUGCGCUCUUCCAAUACUAUGGGGGACAAAAAAAGGGUGCGAAAGAAAGUGGUCGACUCUAAAACUGUAGAGAAAGAAUCAUCACCAGCAUUAAAGCUCCUCCUGAAGAAGAACCCAGUUAAGGAAAUGCAGUGGAUGUCACAAGGUCCUCUUCCCCUGUUAGGAGGAGGUUUGCUGAAUGAUUGCCACAGUCUAGAGCACCCACAGAAAACUUUGGAGAAGACACAGCAAUUUCUUAAAAGAGCACUGUCAACUGAAAAUGGCAAAAAGAAACAGUCCAAAUGUCCCAAGACUGACCAGAAACACAACUCCAAUGUGGUCACCAGGUCAUCAAAGUCAGAGGGAGGCCUUAUUCAAAACCCUGGACAUUUCAGCCCCAGAGGUAACAACCUUAGUGCCCUCAUGGUAAAAAACAAGAUUUCAGUUCCUCCCAAUUGCAUUACAGAGGCCAUUGGUUUAAGAAUGGUGGAUGGCAAAAAACAUUUGGUUCUCAAGGUUACACCAUCAGCAAAGCAAGAGACCUCUGACAAAACAGAGGCAUCCUUGCAUUCCAUUGAGACUAAAGAAGACAACACCGCAUCUAAAACUUGCACUAUGAGCCAGAACAGUUUAGUCGUUGUCGAUAAAAGCCAGCCAAAUUUGAAAAUCGCUCCAAGCACCCCAACAAACAGUAGCCUAGAAUAUCAUUUCGAAAAUGUGGAGCUUCCAAACACUGUCAGUUCUGAAAACACAGGAGGAAUGAACAAUGGCAUGGAUUCUCAUGUCCUGGAUGGCCAAGAUUGUUCAAGGGUAGGCCUACCUCAUGUAUCUAAUGGAGCCAAAUCAGCUGGAAAUCAUUUGGGCCAGAUGACGGAGGAGAAGUUGGAAGGAGAAGCUGUGAACUAUAACCAGCCUGACCUGGAAGGGGUUGGACCUACAGAAGCUCAGGUCAUCAUGAUGUCUCCCUCCCCCAUACUCCAUUUCCUUACUUCCCCACAAGGUAAUCAAAACUAUCUUACUGAAAUUAAUCAAACUUGAUUUGUUAAAUGUAUUUCCAAAUAUUUACUUCUCAUUACCUGUCAUGCAUGAUUCUGUCCAUGCCACUCUAUGCUUUCCUGACAGACAAUAAAUGGAGUCAACAUUCUUGUAUCAGUUUACUUCUCUUUUUUACUGGACUAAUUGUGCUUUGUUCUCUUUUUGAAUAUUUCAACAGGUAUAAAAAACUUGUCAGAGAAUCCGGUCAACACUCCAGACGUUUGUUUUCAGGACUUUCCCCCCAAUACCACGCUAAGAGAUGUAGGAGAACAGGAGGGCUUUGACAGGAUAUGCCUCUCACCACAGAAAAAUGAACAGACAGUUAGAGGGAAGAGGCAGAGCGAGCUAUCUACAGAAGACUCCCCUGAGCCCCUCUCAAAAGCCUUCCGGAAAGUUGUGGGAGAAGAAGAGGCCUCACCAGCAGCGGUGCAUCACCGGGAGCCAGGCCCUAGAGAUGUGGAGAGGACCCUGAAGCUAUUGCCAUUAAGUCUCACUCAACUCAUUACACGUCCAAGGGGAGACCAGCCUGUUGUAGUGCUAAAUCACCCAGACACAGACAUUCACGAGGUCACAAAUAUCAUGGAAACAGUCCACAGGUACAAAGGAGAGGUCCAAAAAGUAGUGCUGUCUCGAAAAACAUUGAAGGCCCUUGCAGCCAUGGGUUGUGAUAUGUUUAGGGCAAAUGCCCCAGCGAAUGAACGUGGGUGGCCUGAGAGCAGAGUGAAAGAGAGAUUCAUCUUGAAAAUGAAGCUGAAAAAGAUGAGCAGAAAGAAGUACAAAGUGGUGAAUGCAAUCUCACACAGCACUGAGCCGCCAUUAAGAUUUAGCUGCUGGUUUUGUGGCCGAGUCUUUAGUGAUCAGGAGGUCUGGAUUGGCCAUGGCCAGCGCCAUCUGAUGGAAUCUACUAGAGAGUGGGAUAGGCUGGAAAGUGAAAAGUCAUAA